AGCAACACGGGUCCCCGGCUGCGCCCCAUCCCAGACGGAGGGGCUGUGGAUUUGUUUUUAGGUGUUUUACCAAAUAAUUUCUGACUGGGACGUUAAACAGGAAUUCGUGGUCUACUUGAUCUGGAUCCUCGUUCUUGGAAGAACGCGUGUAAGGCAACUUCUCUCAUUUACUCUCAGCUUGCGAAUGGAAAGCAUCUGGAGAGACCUCUUCCUCAGCUCUACUGUGGUACCCGGAAUCUACGAUUAGACGAGUUUUGUGAAGGAUCAUUUAUUUCCAAUGGAUUCUUUCUUUGUUGAGGGAGCCCGUGUUUGGCUACGGGAUAAAGAGCAGCUCCUCCCUGCUACCGUCAGUUCCUGUUCCCACGACGACGGGACCCUGGUCCUAACCGCGGACUACGGAGAGGUGGUGUAUGUGCAACAGGCGGAGCUGAACAGAGACAAGGUGUUUCCCAUGGAUCCCAGCAGUAUCCAGGGCGUGGAGGACAUGUCCGCCUUGGCAGAACUCCACGAAGCUGCCAUCAUGCAUAACCUUUACCUACGCUACAAGAAGGACAGCAUCUAUACCAACAUCGGGUCUAUCCUGGCGGCAGUGAACCCCUACAAGAUGAUCUCAGGCCUGUACUCCCCUGCGGUGGUUGAGCAGUACAGUAAACAUCACCUGGGAGAACUGCCUCCUCACAUCUUUGCUGUGGCCAACGAGUGUUACCGUUGUCUGUGGAAGAGACAUGACAGCCAGUGUGUUCUCAUCAGUGGAGAGUCAGGGGCCGGUAAAACAGAAAGCACUAAGUUGCUACUCCAGUUCCUGUCUGUGAUGAGCCAGAACUCUGCCGGAACGCCCCCCUCAGAGAAGACCACCCGCGUGGAGCAGGCCAUCAUACAGAGCAGUCCCAUCAUGGAGGCUUUUGGGAAUGCUAAAACGGUGUACAACAACAACUCGUCCCGCUUUGGGAAGUUCAUCCAUCUCCACUUCUCCCAGAGUGGCAACAUCCAAGGAGGAUGCAUCAUCGACUAUUUACUGGAGAAGAAUCGUGUGGUGAGGCAGAAUCCUGGGGAGAGGAAUUAUCACAUCUUCUAUGCUCUGUUGGCAGGGGCGGACAGAGACCUCAGAGAGAUGUACUUCCUGUCCACGGGUCCAGGGUCCUACCACUACCUGAGUCAGUCUGGCUGUGUAAAGAACAGUAGUCUGGAUGACCUGCAGCUCUACACCAGUGUUAUGGAGGCACUGAAGGUGAUGGAGUUCAGUGAGGAGGAGAUACGUGACGUCUUCAAGCUGCUGUCUGCUGUUCUCCUGAUGGGAAACAUCGAGUUCAUGACUGCUGGAGGUGCACAAAUAACUUCUAAAGGAGUGGUCAGUACCGUCAGUGAUCUUCUGGGUCUGGACUCAUUCCAGUUGUCUGAGGUUCUGACCCAAAGGUCCAUGAUCCUGAGAGGAGAGGAAAUAUGUUCACCUCUUACAGUAGAGCAGGCGGUGGACUCACGUGACUCGGUUGCCAUGGCAUUGUACUCACAAAGUUUCUCCUGGAUCAUCACCCGGAUCAACCAGAAGAUCAGAGGGAAGGACAACUUCAAGUCCAUCGGCAUCUUGGACAUCUUCGGCUUUGAGAACUUUGAGGUGAACAGGUUUGAACAGUUCAACAUCAACUACGCCAACGAGAAGCUUCAGGAAUAUUUCAACAAACACAUUUUCUCUCUGGAACAGCUGGAGUACAACAGAGAGGGGAUCCAGUGGGAGGCCAUUGACUGGUCAGAUAAUGCAGAAUGUCUGGAUCUGAUAGAGAAGAAGCUAGGCAUGUUGGCAUUGAUCAACGAGGAGAGUCGCUUCCCCAAAGGCACCGACCUCACCCUGUUAGAGAAAUUACACAGCCGACACGCAACCAAUCAGUACUAUGUGAAGCCCAGAGUGACCGAUCACCAGUUUGGCAUCAAGCACUACGCAGGAGAGGUUUUGUAUGAUGUGAGAGGCAUACUUGAAAAGAACAGAGACACAUUCAGAGAUGACAUUUUAAAUAUGCUGAAGGACAGCAGGCAUGACUUUAUCUAUGACCUUUUUGAGCGUGUGGGGAGCAGGAAUGGAGAGGAAACCCUGAAGAUGGGGACUGCCCGACGAAAACCCACAGUCAGCUCACAAUUCAGGGACUCUCUCCAUUCCCUCAUGAACACACUGAGUGCAUCCAACCCCUUCUUCGUCCGCUGCAUCAAGCCCAACAUGGCCAAGAACGCCAACGUGUUUGACCCAGAAGUGGUCCUGAACCAGCUGAGGUAUUCUGGGAUGUUGGAGACUGUGAAGAUCCGCAGGGCUGGGUUUCCUGUCCGCAGAACCUUCAUCGACUUCUACAGCAGGUAUCGGAUGAUUUUAAAAGAUGUCAGAUGUCCAACAGGUGAUUACAGGGGGAGGAGUUCUGAACUGCUGAUGUCAUACGACCCUGCCAGGAGAGACUGGCAACUGGGAAAGACUAAGGUGUUCCUGAAGGAGGCACUGGAGCACAGGCUGGAGAAGGAGCGGGAGGAGGUGCUGCGACAGGCCAGCAUGGUGAUCCGGGCACACAUACUGAGCUAUGUGGCGAGGAAGCACUAUAAGCGUGUCCUGGCCAGCACCAUCACCAUCCAGAAGAACUACAAGGCCCACUUCUGGAGACGGCUGUUCCUGAAGCUCCGCGCUGCAGCCAUCAUCCUCCAAAAACACCAGCGUGGUCGGCUGGCCAGGGGCCUCUAUCGCCAGCUUUCUGAGGACAAGAGGAGGAGAGAGGAGGAGGAUAGGAGGAGAGAGGAGGAGAGGAGACAGAGGGAGGAGGAGGAAAGGAGGCGAGUAGAUGAGGAGAAGAGGAGGCUGGAAGAGGAGCAAGUGAGGAGAGAGGAGGAAGAAAGACGGAGGGUGUCAGAGCUGGAGGAGUUGAGGAAGGAGAAAGAAAGACAGCAACAGAAGCAGGAAGCAGCCAGGAGAAAAGAGGAGGAGCUAAUCAACAGUCAGGAUGAAGAGAACAAAGAGAAUGCAACAGCCAAAAUCAGGUCCUUGUCCAACUCUGUGCUCCCCCACACGUCUGAGGAGGAGUCCCGUCAAAUGGAGGAGAUUCUUCGGUUGGAGAAGGAGAUUGAGCGGCUCCAGCGACAGAGGGAAGAGGGGGUGACCAUGCUCGGGGAUGGUCUGGGGAUAAGUAGAGAAGAGCUACGCCAGAAGAGGGAUGCUGAGAUCUACCAACUGGAGAAGGAGGCGUCUCGCGUGGCCACGGAGUUCCUGGAGCUCCUGGACUUUGGAGGCCUGGAGCAGAGCCUGUCCAGUGAGGAGAACCUCCACGACUCCGCAGACUCCCCCGCUCCCCUGGCUCUGGAUGAGGAGGAGGUGGACGAGGGCUUCCAUGCAGAGGAUGAGCGUCCCUGUAGUGGCAUCCCGCUCCCUGACAUCCCACCCCCUGCAGAGAUCCCGCUGGAUCAGGAGGUGUUCUUAUCUCUGCCUCCUCCUCCGCCUGCCUUCGCUGAGGGGCUGGUAGCCCAGGCCCUGGCCCUCUCCAAAGCUCCAUGUUGCCCCCCUGUCUACUCCCCCCUCACCACCCACGGGCCCACUGCCCCCACACACCAGCCACCCCCUCCUCUCACAGCCCUCACCAACGGAGGAGGUAAAGCUCUCUGCCAUCAACCCACCAGGAGGAUAGAGGUGGCUCCAGACAGAGUACCCCGAAGGCUGGAGGUCAUGACUGAUAGACCUUGUGCCAGGGUGGUCGUAAUGCCAGAUAACAUACAGAGAAGAAUAGAUGUUAUGCCAACCAGGCUAGAUGUUAUGCCAACCAGGCUAGAUGUUAUGCCAACCAGGCUAGAUGUUAUGCCAACCAGGCUAGAUGUUAUGCCCACCAGAGAACAUGAAGCCAUUCAAAUGAGAAGGACUGAGGUGAUUGCCUCCGCGACUGUCUCACGGGCCCGGGAAGAGGGGGAGGAGAAGGAGGAGAUGUCUUUUAGCAACGUACCAGACACAGAGUCAGACUACGACCAAGAGGAGUAUGAGGAGGUGCAGGGGAGUACAUGCUCAGGAGAUGCAGCCAGCACCACAGACGGACAUGCUACAGAUGAGGAGGUGCUGAGGAAGUCAUUGUAUACUCAGAACAGCUUGGACUCCUUCAGAGGCUCUUCAGACUCUUUUAUAGAAAGUGAGACCAGCAACGAUGGUUAUGUGGACACCGAUGAGGAGCUGUCCAAUGGCAGGGUGUCUCUGUUGAAUGGCUCUGGACCUCCUUACUUCCACAGCUACCUCUACAUGAAGAGUGGGCUGAUGAUUCCGUGGCGGAGAAGGUGGUGUGUGUUGAAGGAUGAGACAUUCAUGUGGUUCAGAGCCAAGCAGGACAGCCUGAAGAGCGGCUGGCUGUAUAAGAAGGGUGGAGGGAUGUCCACUUUGUCCCGGAGAAACUGGAAGCAGCGCUGGUUCGUUCUCCGGGAAAACAAACUCAUGUACUUUGAGAACGAUAGUGAGGAGAAAUUGAAGGGAACCAUCGACAUACGCUCAGCCAAGAACAUAGUGGACAACCAUGAGAAGGAGAACGCUCUGAACAUCAUGACUGAAGAGAGGACCUACCACAUCUACGCUGAGACCCCUGAGGAAGCCAGUGGCUGGUUCAACAUGCUGAGUCGUGUCCACAGUGCCACUCCUGAACAGCUAAUGGAGAUGCACCAUGAACACGCCAACCCCAAGAACGCUGUGGGAACUUUGGACGUUGGCCUGAUUGACUCUGUGUGCGCCUCAGACAACCCCGACAGACCCAACUCAUUUGUGAUCAUCACUGCUAACCGGGUCAUCCACUGCAACACAGACACAGCUGAGGAGAUGCACCACUGGAUCGGCUUGCUGCAGAAACCCAAAGGAGAUGCUCGGAUAGACGGGCAGGACUUUCUGGUCAGAGGUUGGCUUUACAAAGAAAUAAGGUCCAGUUCUAAGAGCAGCGGUCUGAAGCUGAAGAAGAGAUGGUUUGUUCUGACCUCCAGUUCUCUGGACUACUACAAGUCUUCAGAGCGCAGCAUUUCCAAACUGGGGACUCUGGUCCUAAACAGCCUCUGUUCCGUGGUACAGCCAGAUGAGAAGGUCUUCAAGGACACAGGUUACUGGAACAUCAUGGUUCAUGGACGGAAACACUCAUACCGCCUGUACACCAAACUCCUGAACGAAGCCAUGCGCUGGGCCUCUGCCAUACAGGGGGCCAUCGAAAUCAAGGUCCCCAUUGAGACACCGACACAGCAGCUAAUCAGGGACCUCAAGGAGAGCAGUCUGAACGUGGAGGCUGUGGAACAGACCUACUGGAGGAACCCUAUUCUGAGAUACACACAGCACCCCCUGCACUCACCUCUGUUGCCUCUGCCGUACGGGGAGGUCCACAUCCACCUCCAAAAGGAGAAGGGCUACGCCAGCCUUCAAGAUGAGGCGGUGAAGAUCUUCAACUCUCUGCAGGAGAUGGAGGCAGUGUCUGACCCAGCCCCCAUUAUCCAGGGGAUCCUCCAGACCUGCCAGGACCUGCGUCCGCUCCGAGACGAGGUCUACUGCCAGCUCAUUAAGCAGACCAACCAUGUUCCUCAGCCCAACGGCCCAGCCAACUGUGCUCACUGGCACCUUCUCACCUGCAUGAGCUGCACCUUUCUGCCCAGCAGGGCCAUCCUGCGCUACCUCAAGUUCCACCUUAAAAGGGUAAAGGAGCAGUUUCCUGGCACAGAGGUGGACAUGUUUGCCCACUUCAUAGGUGAGUCCCUGAAGAGGACGAAGAGCAGGGAGUAUGUUCCGUCUCAGGAAGAGAUAAUCGCUCUGCUGACCAGGCAGGACAUGACCACGACAGUCUACUGUCACGGGGGGGGCUCCUGCAAGAUCUCCAUCAACUCACACACCACCGCCGGAGAGGUGGUAGAGAAGCUGAUCCGAGGCCUGGCCAUGGAGGACAGCAGAAACAUGUUUGCUCUGUUUGAACACAACAACAGCGUGGACCGGGCAGUGGAGAGCCGUGUCAUCGUGGCCGAUGUACUCGCCAAGUUCGAGAGGUUGUCUGGCAGUGAGGAAGUGGAACUGAAGGGCCAGUGGAAGCUGUACUUCAAGCUUUACUGUUUCCUGGAUGUAGAGAGCAUGCCAAAGGAGGGGGUGGAGUUUGCUUUCAUGUUCGAACAGGCCCAUGAGUCUCUGACCAGUGGUCACUUCCCGGCCCCAGAGGACACUCUACAACACCUGGCUGCACUGCGUCUCCAGUUCCUCUACGGAGACAAGGCCAGGGUCACCUGGUCUCUGGACAAUGUCUACCCUGUAGGGAGGCUCCGUUCACGUAUCCUCAACUACACUAAGGGGGGUGCAGCAGGAGGGGCGGGGCCUGGAGGCCACACCCUGGAGCGGAGACGAACCAGCUUCUUGGACGGAACCCUGCGUCGCAGCGGGCUGAAGACGGGCUCCAUGAAGAAACAGAAGAUGGAGGAGGAACAGAUGCUGGAGAUGUGGGUGAAGGAAGAGACCUCAGCCACCAGGACCUCCAUCUUAGAGAAGUGGUCCCGACUACAGGGAAUGGACCAGCAUUCUGCCAUGCUGAAGUACAUGAAUGUCAUCAAAGAGUGGCCUGGAUAUGGGUCCACACUGUUCGACGUAGAGUGUAAAGAAGGAGGUUUCCCCCAUGACCUGUGGCUGAGUGUAAGUGCAGAGAAUGUGUCUGUCUACAAGAGAGGAGAGCCUAAACCUCUGGAGACCUUCCCCUAUGAACACAUUAUAUUCUUCGGAGCUCCCCAAGCCACCACGUAUAAGAUCACUGUUGAUGAGAGAGAGAUGUUCUUUGAGACGCAACAGGUUGUAGAAAUCACCAAGAUUAUGAAAGCCUACAUCAACAUGAUAGUGAAGAAGAGAUGCAGUGUAAAAUCUGUGUCCAGCUAUGGCACCAACUGGAUCAGGUGAUCCUACAUCAACAUGAUAGUGAAGAAGAGAUGCAGUGUAAAAUCUGUGUCCAGCUAUGGCACCAACUGGAUCAGGUGAUCCUACAUCAACAUGAUAGUGAAGAAGAGAUGCAGUGUAAAAUCUGUGUCCAGCUAUGGCACCAACUGGAUCAGGCGAUGCUGGUCCGGCCUUCCAUUUCAAAUAUCUUUCCAAAGGAGUAGGUUUCAGAUUAGUUGAAGAAUCUCUGUCAAACUUCACCUCGAUUUGCUCACCUUUGUUUGUAAGAAUGUUACAUUAUGUUACAAUUGUUAGACCUGUUGUUCUCUACAUGUGAUUGGUUAAAGUUGUAAUACCCAACUUUAGGAACCACAUGCUCCACACCUCAGACUCUAUCAGGUGAAGGAUUCCGUUUGCCUAUAAAUGUUUAGACAACAAUGUUAGUUAUAGUGCUUCCAGAGUUUAAUAGGUAAAAGAAAUCUGUGGUGAACCAUUAUUCAAAAGAUUAACAAUUACUUUUUAUGGAGAAACAAAUAACCUUACUUUUUCUCCAUACAUUGAUAUUGAAAAACAGCAAUUUCGUAUCUUUUUAAUGAACUGUUCACCACAGAGAUGUCUGGACCGGCCUUCCGACUGCCUGAACCACGGACUGUGUGUGUGAGCUCCACGCAUUUGUGCAUUUCUAAUGACAGGAAGUGAUUUGUAUAGUCAUAACUGUUGCCACAGGAAGUAGGUUAACAGUCCUCCGCUAAGGUUUUAAUUAGCAAUAUGGGUCCGUUCCCAGACCACAUUUCCAGGGAGUUGACGUCUUUAUAUUUCAAUGCCUUAAAUAAUAGUAUUGCUUCCGUCCAUUGUGUUAUUCAUCUAGUAUUAAAAGUCAUAGUUUUGCCUUUCAGGAAUGGCGUCCUCCACAGGUCUGCAUCAGGGUAAUAACCAGACGGUUAUAAGCAGUUAUAACACAGGUCGCAAUGGCUGUCAUUUUACCCAGCGCCUAAAAGGGUUAACACCAUAUAGUUUUAUCUUUGGUGAAAUGACACUUGCCUUUUAUAAUUCAAAUAUGAAUAGAACAAACCAGUAUAUAUUCCCUUACUCUGUAUAUCUACCACAUUUAGAUUAUUAUUUAUUUAUACUAAAGGCUGUGGUGAAUAAACUCAGUAGUUAAUAUAUAUAUUUUUGGCUAAUUUCUACAACAUGAUUAUCAAACGUAGUCUCCAGAAUUUUUGUAAUCUUUUUUUGGCUAUUUUCAAUUAAAAACCAUUCUGUCCCUUUUAAAGCUUUGUGGUUUAAACUGGUCUUUAUGAGAAUGAGAAGGUUUUAAUUUAAUAAGCAGCUUAUUGCUUGGUUACUCUGGAGGUUUGUUUUGUUUAUGAUUUACUUUUCUAUUUUAUUUACAAUGAUUGAUUGUGUCGUUAUAGUAGGUAAUCAUGGGAGGGAGGAUGGGGUAUUUAUUAGGUAUAACGCUGAUAGGCAGAAAGUAAGGGUUAGGACAGUGCAGACAGGUUGGUCUUGUAGUAUUGUAUCAAGGAUAGAGCCAGACAGAUUGACAGAGGUCAAACCUACAUCUUGUAACCUUAAGAUGGAGGCUACAUGUCACUCACACUACAGCCCACAGCAUUUCCACUAGCCCAGUUCACCCUCUGCUCAGGGUCUAAGAACUGAAACUAAAUAAUUCCUGACCAACGACCAUGCAGGGUUAACCAACCAGGCAAGGUAAUGGUGUGCACAGACUGAUAACAUGGUAGUUUGUAAUCACAGACUGAUCACACACUGAUAACAUGAUCGUGAAGUAAUAUAGUAGCAUGUGAUCACACACACUUGUAACAUGAUAGUGCAGGAAUGUGAUAACAUGUAAUCACAUAUUGAUCACAUGAUAGGGUGGUAAUGUGAUCAUGUGUAAUCACAGAAUGAGAAAAUGACAGUGAGGUAAUUUGAUAAUGUAUGUUCACAGACGUAUAACAUGACAAUCUUAUUACUUCAUAAUAUAGUGGUAUAGUGGUAUAAUACCAGUGGUAACAUGAUAAUACUGUGUGUGAUCGCAGACUGAUGAUAUUACUGUGUGGUAAUAUGAUAAUACCAUGUGUGAUUAUAGACUGAUAACAUGACAGUGUGGUAAUGUAAUAAUACCAUGUGGGAUCAUAGGCUGAUAACAUGACAGUGUGGUAAUGUAAUAAUACCAUGUGGGAUCAUAGACUGAUAACAUGACAGUGUGGUAAUGUAAUAAUACCAUGUGGGAUCAUAGACUGAUAACAUGACAGUGAGGUAAAGGGAUAAUACCAUGUGUGAUCACAGACUGAUAACAUGACAGUGUGGUAAUGUAAUAAUACCAUGUGGGAUCAUAGACUGAUAACAUGACAGUGAGGUAAUGUAAUAAUACCAUGUGGGAUCAUAGACUGAUAACAUGACAGUGAGGUAAAGGGAUAAUACCAUGUGUGAUCACAGACUGAUAACAUGACAGUGAGGUAAAGGGAUAAUACCAUGUGUGAUCACAGACUGAUAACAUGACAGUGUGGUAAUGUGAAAAUACCAUGUGUGAUCAUAGACUGAUUAUAACAUGUCCUAGCAUGUAUACCUCACCCUGUACCACUGAACUUGUCUUUUACUUAGUGAUUAGCUCAGGGGCUGUAGCUAAAAUGGCAUCCUAUUAUCUAUGUAGUACCCACUUUCCAUCCACGAGGGAUCUCAUCUAGUAGUGUGCUAUGUAAGUGGUAGGGUGCCAUUUGGGAUGCAGAGGUUUGUCUGUGCGUUUUCUCUGGUUGGCUGCUGGCAGCUACUCCAGACCCUGAACCAUCCAGACUGUUACGUCCUUCUUUAUUAUUACUGGACUUGUUAUGAAAUGUCUGCUUGUCUGGAGAGAGAAAAGAAAAUCAGAAAAUGAUUUUUUGUGACUAGACUUACAACAUGCUUUAAUAAAUUAUUGUAU